GCAAUAAUGCCAAAGGGGGGUGUGCGUAUGGCAAGCAGAGAGCCGAGCAGAGAGAGAAAUAUUUAGAGCGAGAGGCAGAUGUCUUUCUCCACUCCAGAAGAGAAUACCGCAGCAAUGGAUAAAUAAUAACGACGUAGUGAAACUCAUUGACAGCUUGAUAAGACCUAAUUUCUGACUUCCGCUAAAGACACAAAAUAGCCUGACGCAUGCAUGUAGGAAGAUCCAGGUAAUAUCGGUCUCAAAUCGCGUAAACGCGAGGCGCAUAAUCAUCGGUUUCAUAAUGCGGGCGUGAGUAACAUACUGUAAACGGAGGGAGGAAUAAGGGAGGUUAGUAGAGGGCCAGUGGUAAUCGGCUCACCACUAUACGAGCUAUAGUCCUCUCCGCCAGACCAAAAGCGGGCGAGAGCGGGCCGAGACAGCAGUAUGUCGAACCGAAAACAUCGGGACAGCCAAGAGAUAUGCGCCCGCAAGGUCCGGGAGCUGGCCCAGGCUGUAGUAAACAAACACUGCUUCGAGUGCAGUCAACCGGGGGUGACUUACAUCGAUAUCACCGUGGGCUGCUUCGUGUGCACGUCGUGCUCUGGAAUGCUGAGAGGACUCAACCCUCCCCACAGAGUCAAGUCUAUCUCCAUGACAACCUUCUCCCAACAGGAAGUGGAGUUUCUGCAAAACCAUGGCAACGAGGUGGGGAGGAGGACCUGGCUGUGUGCCUUUGAUCCAAAGACAGAAGGUUGUUUCGACACAAGGGACUCCCAGAAACUGAAGGAGUUCCUCCAGGACAAAUACCAGAAGAAGAGAUGGCAUUUCUCGAAGAACAAGAACAGGAGGGAGGUAGAGGGACCCUGGAGCCCGCCUGGGGUACAGGCCUUACCCAUCUCUCACGGCCCCACACCCGCCCAGGCCCAGUCCCACGCCAUGCCCCCCUCGGCCAGACUGUUACGCACACUGCCUCUCCUCCAGUCCCAGCUCUCGUCCUGGGGGGACAGAGUCCCCGCUAUCUCCCCUGCGGACAUGAGGGCUGACGUGUUCACUGCCCGUGCUCCCUCGCGCUCCCAGAGCUUCAGAGACCCCCCUAUGAAAGACUCUCUACUGAGUGGUAUAGAAAGACAACGUCCAGGCUCUCUUUCCUCGGCUAUGGGAAAUCAUAACCAUGCCCCCUCCUUCCCUGCCCUCCCUCGACCCUCAGCCAGUAGCACUUUCAAAAACAACUUCACUUUAGGUCGUACAGUGGCCUCCUCGGGGGGGCUCAGCUCCCUUCAGGGCCUUCCCUAAGUCUCUGAGUGUGGACUUUGGAGGGCUCAGCCAACAGCACAGUCGCAGUGCCCUCAGCGUCGCCCCCCCAGCCCCCCGGCCCCAACACACACACAGACCACCAGGACCGCUACGCUGCCCUGUCCCAACUGAACAGUGUCUUCCCUGA